AGCUAGUUUGCAAUGAAUUGUCGAUAAGGUAAGACACAAGAGCUUCAGAUUACCCGAAUUUAGAAACUUAAAACAAUUGACGUGUAUUGAUUAUAAUAAUAUAUAAUUAUAUAUAAUAAUAUAUAAUAAUAUAUAAUAUAUAUAAUAUAUAGCUCAGUGGAGAUUAAAAUUACGUUUUUCGAACAAGCGGUUAAGAAUACUAAAUAAAAUUUUAUAUAUUUCUCUUGAACAAACCUGGAAAAUUUUUCUGUUUUUCAUCGAAAACAUAUUCAUAUCGCAUAUCCGCAUAUAGUAACAGAUUUCUUAAUUAUUAGAUUUCAAAGUGCGUAAACGAUAACGCGUUUAUAUACAUAUUGUAUACACAGUUCUGCGUGUUUAAUCUUUCCAAAAUAUUAUUCAAGGUGCCUCUGAUAUUUAACAGUUACCGUCGUUUUGUUUUCCUUCAAACCUGCCUUUGCUUUUCGAGCUUAGCAGAAUAUAAAAAUGUUUACGUACACGGAAAAAUAAUUCCGUUUGUUCAAUCGAAUUUUCGGUUGCUCAAGAAUCAGGCGAAAACUGGGCUGUAGGAACAGAAAAAUUUUUUUAUGAAAUUUCCGUAUAGUCAAGCAUUCUUAGUUGCCUCAACCGAGUCCCAAUGAAUGUUCAGAUAAAUAUUUUCGGUUGUGACAACAGAAAUAUUAGUUUUCAUGACAGAGAUAUAUAUCGCUUUUGAUUACCUAAUUUUCAGUUCCUAUUUAGUUGCACCGAGAUUUUUUUGCGUAUAUUUCGCUUAAAAAAUAAGUGUUCAUAUAAUAUAACAAAUCUUCUGAUUAAGAGAGCUCUGACUACUUCGCCUACCUCCUUUUUUACAUUUUUGUUAUAACAAAAAUUAAAACUAUGUAGAAGAAUGUGUCACGUAUAUUAUAUUUUAUAUGUAUUAAAUAAUUUUCUCCAAUACUAAUUAAAUUUUUAGUGUAGAUAUUGCAAAAAUGCGAGUAGUAUCUUUGAAACUACUCUUACGUGUCGUCCUGAUCUUCACCGUUAAAUUAGCUGAUAUUGCCAAUACUAUCGAUGCUACCAAUGUGAAAGAUAAAGAAUAUUGUUCAAAUAUUUCCGGACUUUUACCGCUCAGUAUAGUAGCCCCGAUAAAAUAUGAUAUUGAACUCGAUGUAAGGAUCCAAGACAAAAUUAUAUUAGGCAUGUCAGGUAUCACGUUUCGUGUGCGGAAAUCAACGAACAUUAUUCAUCUACAUUCUCACGGAUUGGAUGUGAACUCUCAACACACAAGAAUUAUGUUACUCAUGCGAUAUAUGGGGGAAAAGGAUGACAGGGAGAUUUUUUUAUAUAGUUUCAAGGAGCUUAAAAGAUGUGAUGAAGCUCAGAUUUUGGCCCUGUUUUUUUAUGGAAAUUUAACUACAGCAAAAUAUAAGUUGUAUUUAAAAUUCAACUAUCCUUUGGAAGAACAAUUUGGCAUUAUUCAUUAUACAUUUACAACUAACAAAAUAACUAGGUUGUUGAUCACAAACACGCAUGAACGCAAUGCGACACGAGGAAUGUUUCCAUGCUGGGAUGAUCCAGCAGUAAAAGCAUCCUUCAACAUUUCAAUCAUACAUUCUAGUAGCACACAGGUUUUUUCAAAUAAACCUGUAUUGAAGUCAACAACUGAAAAAUAUGGUACACAAAGGACACUAUUUCAUGAAAUAUCCUCAAUAUCUACAGAAUUUUUAGGGAUUGUGAUAGUUGACCAUCUCAGUAAACCUCAACAAAUGAAAAUUAACUUUUUCUGGCAUGAAGAAGACUUUUUCCAAAAUAAAACAAACACACUCCAAUUGGCAAAAACCAGCAUUGCAGAUUUAACGACCACAAUAUCGAACAUAAUGCAAAUAAAUCUUACGGACAUAAUUGAGAAAAUUGACCACGUAGUUUUGAGAACUCCAUUGAAAUUUGUGAGGAAACCCGGACUUAUCGUCUACAGAGAACAAGAUAUAGCAUUCAACGAGAAAUCUGGUUUUUCUGGUCGACGAUUGAAGAUUAUGUUGUUAAUAGCACGUGAAUUGGUACAUCAAGUUUUUGAUACAGUCAAUAACAAUAGCUACGUUCACACAUCGUUAGAACAAAUGCUCGUCUUAUUUCACAGCUAUUAUAGUACGUCCCAGAUAUUGACAAAACUUCCGUUAAUGGAUCUUUUCGUUGUACAACAUGCACAGCUUAUUAUGGAUCUUGACUAUGAUUUUGCGGGGAAUUUUCAUAAUAUUACGGAUGAUAAAGAAAUUGAUUCGAUUACUUACCCUCUGUAUCUCUAUAAAGGUGUCGCUCUAAUACGCAUGCUAUUUCAUACUUUUGGUCCAGAUACUUUUCGGAUGGGCAUCAGUAUAUAUGUAAUAGACAAAAUUCGUGAGCUCUGGAACAACCAACAAAUUGUUCACUACCAUAAGCAUAAACUGAAUUAUACAAUAAGUGAAAUAAUGGAUACAUGGCUAAGGCACGGACAUUAUCCUGAAGUGUACGUUGAUCGUGAUUUUGGUGGCAACACUGCAGUGUGUUCUUUAUCAGUAUUUAACUUUGACGUUAAAUGGCGGAUACCUAUAACGUAUAUUACAGGAUCAAAUCUUAAACGUUUUACCUUGGGUAAUAUUAAUUGGCUAAGUUAUUAUCAUGAUAUAACUAUUUGUGACAUUGAACCAAAUGAUUUUAUUUUAGUCAACUUACAACAAAUUGGUUACUAUCGUGUUAAUUACAACAACAGAAAUUGGGAAGAGAUUACCCGGUACUUACUAUCUGACGAUUAUAAACGUAUACCAGUUCUUAAUCGAGCUCAACUGAUCAGUGAUUCGUUUUAUUUCGUGAGCAAUGGCGAACUCGAGUCCAAUGCCUUCUUCGAUAUUAUUCUAUAUUUGAAACAAGAAACUGAUUAUAUAGCAUGGUAUCCAAUGUUCAACAUUAUUUUCUAUAUGUCGACUUAUCUUAAAUAUCCGAAGGGCGCAUAUGUGAAAGAUUUUAUUGUAGAAAUCCUAGGUACACUCCUUAAUAAUAUAGGUUUGGAGAAUUCUCCUGGUGAAGAAAACACCGUUACAUCUUUGAGAUUAAUGGCAAAACAUUGGGCCUGUAUCCUCGGCCAGCAGGCGUGCAUGGAAAAUGUCAACGAUAAAUUAACGAUACGCAUCGCUGACUUGGAAAUGGAAAUUGAUUACCAUAAAAUUAAUUCGCUAUGGAUGGACUUGGUACCUUGCACUUUGAUGAAGACGCUAAACGUGACCCAGUGGAUAAAUAUUUUGAAUAAGGCCCUAGAGGAAUAUAAUAAUAAUAUAUUACGGCUUUUGACUUGUUCUGAAAAUGAAGAUAUUAUUAUAUAUUAUUUGGAUCUAAUAAUGGGAUAUAUGGGAUAUAUGGGAUAUAUGGAAUAUAUUACAAAUGACAAAAGAGUACCCUGGAAAGAUAUAUAUUAUGAUAUUGUGAAGAGGCAUGCAAGCAAGCCCGCUGUACUUAAACAUAUCUUGGACAAUUUUAUCAUAAUAAGAUCUAAACAUGCUAUAAAUGACAUCAUAACAUUUGCUCACAUAAUUCUGAAUGUGUACUCUACUGAAGAUCUAGACAAGAUACAAAAAUAUGUUGUAAAGGAUCUCGAUCCGUGGGUAAAUUACUGUUUGAAAUGUACUGUUAACCGCUUGAUAUCGUGGCAAAAGAAACAAAUGGCGAAAAUAAUCCGUACGUACGGCAUGUUCUUUUAAGGCUACAAAAACAAAUCGAUUUUAUUACAUUUCGACACAAAAAUCAGUGUAGAUGGAGAAAUUAAAACUGUCAUGAUCCAAGAUACAAACAAAUGAAGAAAUUCUAAACUAUAAAUAAUGUUAAUUCGGAAUCAUAAUUCGAGAAUUACAUCAUGUGUUUUUUUAUACAGAGUUAAUUAUUAUUACAUAUACAGAGUUAAUUCAUACAGAGUUACCCAUGUUAAUGCCAAACACAUGUUUCAUAUAAUGUAAUUUGUAUUCUUUCAUCAUAAUUAUAAUGCACAAAUUGUGUGUAUUUUUCAGAAAAAUUCCUAAUAUAUGAAAUCAUAAAAUAUCAUGAUUCCUGAA